CCUGUGCCAGACAUAGCAUUGACGCAGCCUCCUUCCACACCAGCCUUAACGGCUGACAACGAGCAUUCACAGCGGCAACAGCAGCAGCAAGAACGACAACAACAACAACAACAAGAGAAAUUCGGACAAACAGGUGCACGGCCUCCACUUUCUGAACACCAUCGUAAAGCCUCUUUGACUCCUUCCAUGGCACCGUCGAUGACACCUUCCUUGUCGACUCGUAUGUUACAGCAGCAGUAUAUGCAAAAACAACAUGGUAUGGCAGCUUCUCGCUAUGCUAAAGCGUCUUACAGCUUAACGAACCAUCCAGACGCUAUUAAACUCUACCGUAGUAUGGCGACCAAAAGCAAAGAUCGACAAGUGCAACUGACGUACGCCAAGUACCUGUUAGAAAUAGCCAGUCUGUAUGACGAAAAGCGACAGGCUUUCCGACCCCAUCUGUCCCUUUCUUUACCGGUCUCCUUGAAGCAUUACCAUCGUCAGCGUCGGUACAGUAACACCAGUUUGCAUUCAACGCACAGUGUCCAUACAGUGAACGGAGACGAGAGAGCGGUUACAGCAAGCCGUCGUAGCAGUAUGGAGACGCAUUUCACGUCGUCGACGGGCGGAGGGAUGAGACGAGAUUCGGCGCUUACUCAGCAACUACUGGAGGGUGCGGAUGAAGAGAGUGCGAGCAAACGUAAAAAGAGAAAGAUGCUGGAGAACGAGGGCAUUCGAUGGAUUAAACGAUUAGCCAAUGAACAUGUAGGUGAAGCGGCUUAUUUGCUAGGAUUAUGGGUGGAUCGAGGCAUGUAUGGCUUUAGAAAGAGCUCGACCAAAGCAUUGAAAUACUACGAAAUUGCAGCAAAAGAAAAGGUGCCAGAAGCCAUGUUUGCCGUGGGCCAAUAUCACGAAAAGGAGCAAGAUUAUAUGACUGCAUUCCAACUCUACGAAGACGCAGCUAGUCUGGGAUUAGUCGAGGCAUUUUAUAGAAUUGCUAUGAUCAACCUGAAUGGUGAAUUUGGGUCCAGAAAAAACAUUGUAGGUGCUAUACAAUUACUCAUCAAAGCGUCAGAAAAGUCUACCGGAACAUGCCCAGAAGCACCUUACACUUUAGGUUUGCUCCUUACCAACGAUUACCCUUCCGUUGAUAUACCCAGUGAGCUCAUUCAAAAUUACGGUGGUACUUUUGCUGCUACAACCUAUCUUGAACAUGCUGCUGAGAUGGGUAUGUCGGCUGCCCAAUAUCGUUUAGGCUACAUCUAUGAAAUGGGCCUUUACGGUGUUCGUAUUCAUCUCGCUAAAGCAUUCCACUUUUAUGAGCUUGCUGCUACAACCAAUGAUAACGUGUACGCGAUGGUUCGAUUGAGUCGGCUGUAUAAUCAAGGUGUUCAAGUACCACCCGAGCAGUUAGAAGAGCAAAUGGCUUUAUUUGAACAAGACGAAUCCCAUUGGGUCAAGUCUCGGCCGCGUGAUGAAGACGCAGCUUUCAAAUGGUGUCAUCGAGCUGCAGAUAAAGGUGUGCCCGAUGCCUGCUAUUUAUUAGGAUGGUAUUAUGAAGUGGGUAUUGGUGUACCACGCGAUUAUCAAAGAGCACAGUAUUAUUAUGCAAAAGCAGUUCGAAAAGGAAAAGGGCAUAAAGAAGCGACGACUCGUCUGCAAUUAUUGGAAACCAUGGUGAAAAGUCAAAAGAAUGAAAGAAAACGCGCUACAACGCUUUUGCCAGACAAAAAGCUCUCUUUUAUCCAUGGCUCAGCUAGUGCCGUUGCAGCGAAAAAUUCGAGCAAAGACAGUAAUUGUACUAUCAUGUAACCUUUUUACACAGCCUAUUUAUUUGUGAAAAACCAAGUCUUUAACAUACCAUUUAUCUCAUAUUACCCUUCAUAACUUAAAACCCUUUUACCACUUACAGAAUAAAAGUAAUAUAAUGUAACAACUGCUUCACUGCUAAAUACUUGUCUUUUAUAGACCGUUUCUUUCUACGGCUUUUAGAAUGUAUGGGGGUUCAUGCAAGGUACAUCACUGUACCUCGUGUUUUGCUCCUCGUUGGUCAUAAGCGAGACUCUAAAAAGAGGUGGUGAUUCAGGUUGGGGGUGUGCUUGCUGAGGACGAUGAUCGGAGUUCAUGGUCCACUGGGCCUCUUUCUCUGCUUUUUGGUUCUUUUUUGUCCAACAGCAAGUGUGCUAUGUGAUUUAUUUUCUGUUUUUCUCUUUCCAUUGUUCUAUUCCCAAUUUGAGUUUCUUUUUUUCUUUUUUUUUUUUUUGAAGUUUUAAUCUGCUUUCUAUAAAUU